AUCUGUCACCUUUCAUACCCCUUUUUAUACUAUUCCUCCAUUAUUUUCUUCUUCUUAUGAAAUCUCUUUCUCUUUUUCUCUCUCUUAAGCUUCCUUUAAGUACUUUCUUAUCUUUCAUAUAUCAUUAGUACAACUUUUAUUAUUAGCACCAAAAGAGACAAAGAAAAAGUACUUUGACAUAAUCAGUAUGGAAGGAAGAUUCAACAAUUUUUUUGUUUCUGAGCAAGAUGAUUCCGAGAAUUCACCGGAAAACAGCUCCGACUCGCCGCGUUCCGCCAUGUUCAAUGAUAACAAGAUGAUCACUUCAACUUCAUCCCCUAAAAGAAGAAGAUCCAUAGAAAAGAGAGUGGUGUCAGUGCCAAUUAAAGAAGUUGAAGGAUCAAAAAUGAAAGGUGAGAUAAGCAUGCCCCCAUCUGAUUCUUGGGCAUGGAGAAAAUAUGGACAAAAGCCCAUCAAAGGCUCUCCCUAUCCCAGGGGAUAUUAUAGAUGCAGUAGUUCAAAAGGAUGUCCAGCAAGAAAACAAGUAGAAAGGAGCCGUGCGGACCCAAACAUGUUGAUAGUGACAUAUUCUUGUGAACAUAACCAUCCUUGGCCGGCUUCUAGAAGUAAUCAACACAACCAUCGUACAAUUACCCCUACAUCAUGCACCAAUAAUAACACAAAGACAAAGACGAAAACAAUAGCAUCACUAACCGCAUCACCAGCAACAACAACAAUAAUAACGACUUCUGAUAUUCCGAUUUUACACUUUGAGCAACAAAAGGCCACGACCGAUUUCGCAGUACGCCCAUCGGAGCCCAAUUCGGACGAAAAAUUUGUCAAUCUUGGUGAAUCAUCACUUAUUAAUGCUGAAUUUGGAUGGUUUUCUGAUUUAGUUGAGUGUAACUCUACUACCAUACUAGAAAGUCCAAUUUUGACCCAAGUCGAAGUUAAUGAUUUUGACAUGUCAUCAACAUUGACAAUGCAAGAGGAAGAUGUGUCACUUUUCGCCGAUCUCGGAGAGUUACCGGAAUGUUCAAGGGUAUUUGGCCGUGGAAUGAUGGAGAGGGACGAGGAGCGCGACCGACAUAGCUUAACACCGUGGUGUGGGACCACAGGCUAAGAUCGUUUGGACAUGUGUUAUCAUAUUUACAUUUGUCUUUACUUAGACAAGAAAAUAUUAUUAUUUUUUUAACUCUUUUGAAUUAAUUUAUUAGGAGAUUGCGCAUCGUGCGCCAUAAGAUACCAAAGCAAUUUGGUUUUGGUUUUUAAUAUUUGUAACUUUUCUUAGAUUUCAGUGUAGGUUUUGUAGUAUAGUAAAAUAAAAACUUGUCCAGUUGAUUAUUGAGAGUGUUGUGUCUCAUUCUCAUUGUAAUUAGCAUCAUUGGCCGUUUCAUUUCCAACGGCUAAAUUUCUUCCAA